AUGGCCGCGCGGCUAACGACGUUCAACCAAUCAGCGCUCGAGGCGCGUUCCUUCGUACGACACCCAAUAUGUGACGAAAACGAGGAAUAUGACGACUGCGAGGUCACCUUUUGCAGAGCGCUCAAGUGCUCCGACCUCGGUUUCCCGCUGAAUUGCAACAUUAAAUGUGAGCCAGGCUCAUGUGGUGGAGACAAAAACGCCGAAUCUGGAUGUGGCACUAACUGUAACAAAACCUGCGUGCCGUACGAUUGUCCAAAGAUUUGUUAUGUCAACAGUUGCGAUUGCAGGGAUGGAUUUUAUUAUGAUGCUAACCAGAAAAAAUGCGUCAAGAAAGAGGACUGCACAAAAAAAUGUGGUAAACACGAGCACUGGGAUUCAUGCUACUAUAAGUGCGACGGCAACCAGACUUGCGACGACAACGACAGAAAAUUGAAUUGCCCCAAGAAAGACAAGUGCCUGAAGGGUUGCAGGUGCGAUAAGGGAUACUGCAGGAACAAGAAAGGAAACUGCGUACCGAAACAAGAACAUCCAAAAAAAUGUGGUAAACACGAGCACUGGGAUUCAUGCUACUAUAAGUGCGACGGCAACCAGACUUGCGACGACAACGACAAAAAAUGGAAUUGCCCCGCGAAAGACAAGUGCCUGAAGGGUUGCAGGUGCGAUAAGGGAUACUGCAGGGACAAGAAAGGCAACUGCGUACCGAAACAAGAACAUCCAAAAAAAUGUGGUAAACACGAGCACUGGGAUUCAUGCUACUAUAAGUGCGACGGCAACCAGACUUGCGACGACAACGACAAAAAAUGGAAUUGCCCUAAGAAAGACAAGUGCCUGAAGGGUUGCAGGUGCGAUAAGGGAUACUGCAGGGACAAGAAAGGCAACUGCGUACCGAAACAAGAACAUCCAAAAAAAUGUGGUAAACACGAGCACUGGGAUUCAUGCUACUAUAAGUGCGACGGCAACCAGACUUGCGACGACAACGACAAAAAAUGGAAUUGCCCUAAGAAAGACAAGUGCCUGAAGGGUUGCAGGUGCGAUAAGGGAUACUGCAGGGACAAGAAAGGCAACUGCGUACCGAAACAAGAACAUCCAAAAAAAUGUGGUAAACACGAGCACUGGGAUUCAUGCUACUAUAAGUGCGACGGCAACCAGACUUGCGACGACAACGACAAAAAAUGGAAUUGCCCUAAGAAAGACAAGUGCCUGAAGGGUUGCAGGUGCGAUAAGGGAUACUGCAGGGACAAGAAAGGCAACUGCGUACCGAAACAAGAACAUCCAAAAAAAUGUGGUAAAUACGAGCACUGGGAUUCAUGCUACUAUAAGUGCGACGGCAACCAGACUUGCGACGACAACGACAAAAAAUGGAAUUGCCCUAAGAAAGACAAGUGCCUGAAGGGUUGCAGGUGCGAUAAGGGAUACUGCAGGGACAAGAAAGGCAACUGCGUACCGAAACAAGAAUAUCGACACCCAAUAUGUGACGAAAACGAGGAAUAUGACGACUGCGAGGUCACCUUUUGCAGAGCGCUCAAGUGCUCCGAGCUCGGUUUCCCGCUGAAUUGCAACAUUAAAUGUGAGCCAGGCUCAUGUGGUGGAGACAAAAACGCCGAAUCUGGAUGUGGCACUAACUGUAACAAAACCUGCGUGCCGUACGAUUGUCCAAAGAUUUGUUAUAUCAACAGUUGCGAUUGCAGGGAUGGAUUUUAUUAUGAUGCUAACCAGAAAAAAUGCGUCAAGAAAGAGGACUGCACAAAAAAAUGUGGUAAACACGAGCACUGGGAUUCAUGCUACCAUAAGUGCGACGGCAACCAGACUUGCGACGAGAACGACAAAAAAUGGAAUUGCCCCAAGAAAGACAAGUGCCUGAAGGGUUGCAGGUGCGAUAAGGGAUAUUGCAGGGACAAGAAAGGCAACUGCGUACCGAAACAAGAACACCCAAAAAACUGUGGUAAACACGAGCACUGGGAUUCAUGCUACCAUAAGUGCGACGGCAACCAGACUUGCGACGAGAACGACAAAAAAUUGAAUUGCCCCAAGAAAGACAAGUGCCUGAAGGGUUGCAGGUGCGAUAAGGGAUACUGCAGGGACAAGAAAGGCAACUGCGUACCGAAACAAGAACACCCAAAAAAAUGUGGUAAACACGAGCACUGGGAUUCAUGCUACCAUAAGUGCGAUGGCAACCAGACUUGCGACGAGAACGACAAAAAAUGGAAUUGCCCCGAGAAAGACAAGUGCCUGAAGGGUUGCAGGUGCGAUAAGGGAUACUGCAGGGACAAGAAAGGCAACUGCGUACCGAAACAAGAACAUCCAAAAAAAUGUGGUAAACACGAGCACUGGGAUUCAUGCUACCAUAAGUGCGACGGCAACCAGACUUGCGACGAGAACGACAAAAAAUGGAAUUGCCCCGUGAAAGACAAGUGCCUGAAGGGUUGCAGGUGCGAUAAGGGAUACUGCAGGGACAAGAAAGGCAACUGCGUACCGAAACAAGAACACCCAAAAAAAUGUGGUAAACACGAGCACUGGGAUUCAUGCUACCAUAAGUGCGACGGCAACCAGACUUGCGACGAGAACGACAAAAAAUUAAAUUGCCCCAAGAAAGACAAGUGCCUGAAGGGUUGCAGGUGCGAUAAGGGAUACUGCAGGGACAAGAAAGGCAACUGCGUACCGAAACAAGAACACCCAAAAAAAUGUGGUAAACACGAGCACUGGGAUUCAUGCUACCAUAAGUGCGACGGCAACCAGACUUGCGACGAGAACGACAAAAAAUUGAAUUGCCCCAAGAAAGACAAGUGCCUGAAGGGUUGCAGGUGCGAUAAGGGAUACUGCAGGGACAAGAAAGGCAACUGCGUACCGAAACAAGAACACCCAAAAAAAUGUGGUAAACACGAGCACUGGGAUUCAUGCUACCAUAAGUGCGACGGCAACCAGACUUGCGACGAGAACGACAAAAAAUUAAAUUGCCCCAAGAAAGACAAGUGCCUGAAGGGUUGCAGGUGCGAUAAGGGAUACUGCAGGGACAAGAAAGGCAACUGCGUACCGAAACAAGAACAUCCAAAAAAAUGUGGUAAACACGAGCACUGGGAUUCAUGCUACCAUAAGUGCGACGGCAACCAGACUUGCGACGAGAACGACAAAAAAUUGAAUUGCCCCAAGAAAGACAAGUGCCUGAAGGGUUGCAGGUGCGAUAAGGGAUACUGCAGGGACAAGAAAGGCAACUGCGUACCGAAACAAGAACACCCAAAAAAAUGUGGUAAACACGAGCACUGGGAUUCAUGCUACCAUAAGUGCGACGGCAACCAGACUUGCGACGAGAACGACAAAAAAUUAAAUUGCCCCAAGAAAGACAAGUGCCUGAAGGGUUGCAGGUGCGAUAAGGGAUACUGCAGGGACAAGAAAGGCAACUGCGUACCGAAACAAGAACACCCAAAAAAAUGUGGUAAACACGAGCACUGGGAUUCAUGCUACCAUAAGUGCGACGGCAACCAGACUUGCGACGAGAACGACAAAAAAUUAAAUUGCCCCAAGAAAGACAAGUGCCUGAAGGGUUGCAGGUGCGAUAAGGGAUACUGCAGGGACAAGAAAGGCAACUGCGUACCGAAACAAGAACAUCCAAAAAAAUGUGGUAAACACGAGCACUGGGAUUCAUGCUACCAUAAGUGCGACGGCAACCAGACUUGCGACGAGAACGACAAAAAAUUAAAUUGCCCCAAGAAAGACAAGUGCCUGAAGGGUUGCAGGUGCGAUAAGGGAUACUGCAGGGACAAGAAAGGCAACUGCGUACCGAAACAAGAACAUCCAAAAAAAUGUGGUAAACACGAGCACUGGGAUUCAUGCUACCAUAAGUGCGACGGCAACCAGACUUGCGACGAGAACGACAAAAAAUUAAAUUGCCCCAAGAAAGACAAGUGCCUGAAGGGUUGCAGGUGCGAUAAGGGAUACUGCAGGGACAAGAAAGGCAACUGCGUACCGAAACAAGAACAUCCAAAAAAAUGUGGUAAACACGAGCACUGGGAUUCAUGCUACCAUAAGUGCGACGGCAACCAGACUUGCGACGAGAACGACAAAAAAUUAAAUUGCCCCAAGAAAGACAAGUGCCUGAAGGGUUGCAGGUGCGAUAAGGGAUACUGCAGGGACAAGAAAGGCAACUGCGUACCGAAACAAGAACAUCCAAAAAAAUGUGGUAAACACGAGCACUGGGAUUCAUGCUACCAUAAGUGCGACGGCAACCAGACUUGCGACGAGAACGACAAAAAAUUAAAUUGCCCCAAGAAAGACAAGUGCCUGAAGGGUUGCAGGUGCGAUAAGGGAUACUGCAGGGACAAGAAAGGCAACUGCGUACCGAAACAAGAACAUCCAAAAAAAUGUGGUAAACACGAGCACUGGGAUUCAUGCUACCAUAAGUGCGACGGCAACCAGACUUGCGACGAGAACGACAAAAAAUUAAAUUGCCCCAAGAAAGACAAGUGCCUGAAGGGUUGCAGGUGCGAUAAGGGAUACUGCAGGGACAAGAAAGGCAACUGCGUACCGAAACAAGAACAUCCAAAAAAAUGUGGUAAACACGAGCACUGGGAUUCAUGCUACCAUAAGUGCGACGGCAACCAGACUUGCGACGAGAACGACAAAAAAUUGAAUUGCCCCAAGAAAGACAAGUGCCUGAAGGGUUGCAGGUGCGAUAAGGGAUACUGCAGGGACAAGAAAGGCAACUGCGUACCGAAACAAGAACACCCAAAAAAAUGUGGUAAACACGAGCACUGGGAUUCAUGCUACCAUAAGUGCGACGGCAACCAGACUUGCGACGAGAACGACAAAAAAUUGAAUUGCCCCAAGAAAGACAAGUGCCUGAAGGGUUGCAGGUGCGAUAAGGGAUACUGCAGGGACAAGAAAGGCAACUGCGUACCGAAACAAGAACACCCAAAAAAAUGUGGUAAACACGAGCACUGGGAUUCAUGCUACCAUAAGUGCGACGGCAACCAGACUUGCGACGAGAACGACAAAAAAUGGAAUUGCCCCGAGAAAGACAAGUGCCUGAAGGGUUGCAGGUGCGAUAAGGGAUACUGCAGGGACAAGAAAGGCAACUGCGUACCGAAACAAGAACACCCAAAAAAAUGUGGUAAACACGAGCACUGGGAUUCAUGCUACCAUAAGUGCGACGGCAACCAGACUUGCGACGAGAACGACAAAAAAUGGAAUUGCCCCGAGAAAGACAAGUGCCUGAAGGGUUGCAGGUGCGAUAAGGGAUACUGCAGGGACAAGAAAGGCAACUGCGUACCGAAACAAGAACACCCAAAAAAAUGUGGUAAACACGAGCACUGGGAUUCAUGCUACCAUAAGUGCGACGGCAACCAGACUUGCGACGAGAACGACAAAAAAUGGAAUUGCCCCGAGAAAGACAAGUGCCUGAAGGGUUGCAGGUGCGAUAAGGGAUACUGCAGGGACAAGAAAGGCAACUGCGUACCGAAACAAGAACAUCGGCUAUUCAAAUUAGGGCAAGUAGAUUUCUCGCGUCCCAAGCUGGUGGUUUGGGAGGCGCUGGUCUCGCUAUUAAUGGCGUUGGAAGAAGGCAUAGUGUCCGAUAGUGGUUCACAUACAGCACUUGUUACAGGCUUAUGA